CUCUUAUCAUCGCUCGACUUCUCAUCGACCAAAGGCAUUCGCUAUCACUCUCUCGCCGUUCGCACCGUUCUCUGCCAUGAUUGACUGACCAAUUGGCGCCUUAACGAGGUCCGUAUACCCAGACAAAUGGGAGCGCCCUUCGUCCACCCAGAAUGUCGCUGCAGCCGUUGAAAACGACCGCCGUCGGCGGCCGCGACCCCUCGCUCCUCUCGCCCUCCGAAUACGACGCCGACGCCAUUUCCAUUCGCAGCGACCAGGACACCGACAGCGAUGACGACGAGCGUCAGCUUCGUGCGAGGAACAGCCGCGAGCUCCGCGCGCACGACAGGCUGGUGCUGAUGGAGGAGGAAGAGCUGGACCACUUGGUCAUCGAAAACCGGAGGAAGCAGGAACGCCAGCGUAGGGGUUCCGGGCUGCCGAUACCCAACCCGCUCAGGUUGUUGACCAGGCGGCUCAGUGACGUAUCACCAUCGUCGUCGAGGAGCCCGUCUGUGCAGCCGGGCGAGUCGGUUGACGACCUUAGGGCAGAAAAGAGGCGGGCGAGGCGGCAGAGGAGAGAGAUGAAGCGAGAUCGGCUGCUGGCUGAUGCACAGCACGGCGAGGACGGCGAGCUCAUGUACGAGAUGGAAGAGGGCGGCAUGAAGGAGGGCAGCUCGACCGGCGAAAGCAGCGAACGAGAGGAUAGCGACGAGGUCGACCGGAAGCACUUGCUGCAUGUUACCGAUACCAAGUCGAAGCGAAAACGCAACUGUUGCCGUUGGGUGUUGUUUUACGCCAUCAUUGCCGUCGCCUUUGCCAUCCUCGUCCUUGUGGCGUGGAAGGUAUCCCUGGAUCGGAAGACGACGCGUUAUAGCCAGAAACUCGUCAGCAACGGCACCGCCAUGUUCGCACCCACCACAAUCAUUAUCAGCUUGGACGGGUUCCGGGCCGAUUUUCUCAAUCGGGGGUUGACGCCGAGGCUCAACGCCCUCGUUAAGGAGGGCGUAUCACCCCUCUAUAUGCUCCCGUCUUUUCCUAGUGUCACGUUUCCCAACCACUACACGAUGGCUACAGGGCUCUACCCGGAGUCCCACGGCGUUGUGGGCAACAGCUUCUGGGACCCGAUGUUGCGGGAAGAGUUUUAUUAUACGGACCCUUCGCGGAGCAUGGAUCCCAAGUGGUGGAAAGGUGAACCCUUUUGGGUUACAGCGCAGAAGCAAGGGCUCAAGACCGCCAUACACAUGUGGCCCGGCAGCGAGGCAAACAUCCUCAAUGUUGACCCCACGUAUUUGGACAAGUACAACGGAAAAGAGCUGUUGCCGAAGAAGGUGGACAGGAUUCUUGAGUUUUUGGACAUGCCGGACUCGGACCGGCCUCAAAUCAUCGCGGCGUAUGUUCCUAACGUCGAUGCUGACGGGCACAAGUACGGGCCGAAUAGUACUGAGAUCCGGUCCACCAUCCAGAAGGUGGACAAGAUGCUGGACGACUUGUUCAAGGGGCUAGAAGAACGGCAUCUGGCGGACAUUGUCAAUAUCAUCGUGGUUUCUGACCAUGGCAUGGCGACUACGGACGUCUCCCGGCUGGUACAGCUCGAGGAUCUGGUGGACCUGAGCAAGAUCGAGCACACGGACGGCUGGCCACUGAUCGGAUUAAGGCCAAAAGAUCCCGCUGAUCUCAAGGACAUAUACAAUGGGCUGAUCGAGAAAACGAAGGGGAACCCCAACCUCGAGGUCUACCUCCGCGACGUUGACAUGCCAGCACGGUAUCACUUUUCUAACAACCAGCGCAUUGCUCCGUUGUGGAUCGUGCCUAAGGCGGGCUGGGCGCUGGUCAAGAUGGACGAGAUGAACUUGAAAGAGGCACAGGCUCAAGGGGCGGUGUAUCAUCCGAGGGGCCUUCACGGCUAUGAUCAUGAACAUCCGCUGAUGAGGGCAAUAUUCAUCGCCCGUGGCCCGGCUUUCCCGCACCAGCCAAACAGCAAACUCGAGGUAUUCCAAAAUAUCGAGGUUUACAACAUGCUGUGCGACUCCGUAGGGAUCGAGCCAGCGCCCAAUAACGGCACCCUUCGGCUGCCCCUCAAGCCAAUCGGGCUGCAUGAUGACUCGGCCACGGACGGCCUGGACACGCCAGCCGAUCCCGUGGAGGCUCACACCAUUUCAACCGCUUCUACAAGCAGCGCUCAGACGAGCGUCCCGUCGAAGUCCGUUGGCGUUGACCAGCCGGUGCCGCCGCCGCGGCCGACCCAGGCGCCCUCGGGCUCGGACAAUGGCGGCGAAAGUGACAGUGACGAUGACGACGACCACAAGGAUGAUUCCUCGGCCGUCGACAAUGCCGAGUCGAAAGUUAAGGAGUUUUGGGAUUGGUUCACCGGAAAGGUGAGCACCUGGUGGGGGAAAGUGACGGGUAACGGCAAGGAAGGUGAGGAUGGUGGCAAAGACAAUUCCUCCGGAUAGCCAAUUCUUUGCUUGCUUGCAUGCAUUCUUCAGUGUAUAGUAUAUUAGUUUACAAGCGGCAUUUGCUUUUGGGUGCUGCGUGGCGUCACAGUUUUGGUGUUGGUUAUGUUUAGCAGGCGCAUUAAGUUUUGCUUUCUAAAGCGCUUUGGGCGUUUCGAUGUGCACAUCACGCAGUCAUGACGAGCGUUCGCGGUUGUCACAGAGAGCGAAUGAGAGGGAUCCGUC